AUGAGCGAAAAAAGGUCUCUUCUUCCUCAUAUCACCAACUUUACAAAAUCUGGGACCUUCACCGUCCUGGUGAAGGGACAGGCGCGCCGGGUUCUUACUCGGCCGAGGAUACUUUUGGCCGCGGUUGGCGUUAUUUUCCUCGUCUCAUGGAUGGGAAUUUUGCGACAUGGCGCCCUAGAUGUGGCACUGCCCAUGCUGGGCGUUAGAAAAGAGUUCGCGAGAGACCACGAUGAGCGCCGGCAGCGCGUUUUGGAUGCGGAACGGGAAACUUUCCAACAAGAAGCUAAGUGGCUGGAGCGUCAAAGGUUUCCAGGGUACGGUGCCAUCUACGGGAACACCUUGAAUGAUCUUAUUGAUGAGAAUGUUCGGACGCCAGCCCAGGCCCGGCAGCUUUCGGGUGAACGCAACAUUACCAUGUUCAACCGCCAUCCUGUCACUUUCAACCCAUAUCCAAACUACAAUAGCCCCGAGUGGCAGAAGAGCCAUGCACCAUAUGUCCCGUGUUUGGGUCCGGAUGGAAGGCCGGUCAGAGAUAUCUCCGUAUUCAAGGGACGACCGAAGAACUGGCCCAAGCCCGGUUUUGGCAACUACUCGAUCCUCGGACUCGACGAGAACAUCUGCUUUGAAAGGGAGACUCGCAUGGGUCAGUACGGCUAUUACCAAGUAACGGACGAGAAGGGGGCGCCGAUUGAUUGGGAUAAGGUUGAUUGGGGCGAGCUGCAACACCAGUGCUUGGAGAAGAAUCGCGCUCGGUUCAACUUGACUGGCCCUGCGAACAACUAUGUGCUGAAAGUGGAGGAGGACCCAGAAGGUUACGAGACUGCAAUUAACGACCCUGAGUCGGUGAUGAGUAUGGUUCGGCCUUUCUGGCGCCUGCUCCAUCCUUCAUCCAAAGUUUCUAAGGAAGACCAAGAGCCAUCGAGGGAUACGAUAAUCGAACCCAGGACGGCCUUGUUGUUGCGCAGCUACAGUGGCAAGAAUUAUAACGACAACGACAAACAAGUUAUCCGGGCUCUGAUCACGGAGUUGAGUCUUCGCUCCGGUGGCGAGUACGAGAUUUUCCUCUUCGUCCACGUCAAGGAGAACGACCAGAAUAUCUGGGAGAGCGAGGAGGCCUAUCUAAAGGCGCUCGAUCAGCAUGUUCCCAGGGAGUUCAAGAGCAUCACGAUUCUCUGGAACGAGGAUAUGGUCAACCGCAUGUACCCUAAGCUGACCCCGAAGGCGCGCCGGGUUCACGCGGGCCAGUUCCUGCCUGUCCAGGUGUUCAUGCAGGAGUUCCGCGAGUUCGACUUCGUCUGGAACUGGGAGAUGGAUUCUCGGGUCGUGGGUCACCAUUACGAUGUCCUCAGCAAGCUUGCCGAGUUUGCUCGUAAGCAACCCCGAAGGGGACUUUGGGAGCGUAAUGAGCGCUUCUACAUUCCUUCCGUCCAUGGCGAUUACGACACUGAGUUCCGCGAAUCUGUCGAGCGUGCUGUCGGCGGCACUCACAAGACGAUUUGGGGUGCCCCGAACGUGCCUGUCGUUGAGCCUAUGGGCCCGAAGCCUCCCGUAGAGAGACCUGAGGAUGACAACUACCAGUGGGGUGUUGGCGAAGAAGCGGAUCUAAUUACGCUGGGUCCGAUCUUCGACCCGGUCAACAGCAACUGGGUCCUGCGCAACCAAGUCUGGGGCUACCGGUCUCUCAGCUUCCCUUGGGGCAAGCUCCCGCGCCGUGCUACCAUCAUCACCCAAGUCCGGGCCUCGAGAAAGCUGCUCGAUCUCAUGUUCGUCGAAGAUCUGCGCGGCAACCAUCUCGCAUCAGAGAUGGUCACCGAGACGACCGCAUUCCUUCAUGGGCUGAAGGCCGUGUAUGCGCCCAUGCCUGUCUUCUUUGACCGCACUUGGAGCGGCAAGCAGCUGGCCAAGUGGUUUAACGGCGGCCCGGGAGGCCAGAGCGGCAGCUUCGGCAGCGCUUUUGGCUGGGGCCAAGAAGGCCGGUUUAUGGGCGCCACCUGGUACUAUCGCGCGAUCCCGCCCCAGCGACUCUACAACAACUGGAUGGGCUAUGAGGACACGGGCAUCGGUGGGUCCGAGUGGGAGGAGAAACACGGCCGGCCGUGUCUUCCGACUAUGCUGCUGCACCCGAUCAAGGACGUGGAGCCCACGCCGAAGGGGUUUGUGACUGAGUCGAAGCUGCCGUAUGAUUAG